GACGACCUGGUGACCUUUGCCAACCCCUCCCAAGGCUACACCCUGCUGCGGCCAGCGGCGUGGGAGCAGGUGGACAAGGCGGGCGCCGACAGCCUGUUUCGGGACCCGUCAAAGAAGAGCACCAAUGUAGGGGUCACUGUGUAUCCGGUCCGCAUCGCCUCCCUGGACCAGUUUGGAGACCUGCAAGCGGUGGGGGAGCGGCUGCUGGGGGCAGAGCGGGCCAAGGAGAGCACGCUGAGCGUGGCCAUGGUGGCGCAAACCGCGCGCAGCAGCGCCAGCGGGGCGGCCACGUAUGACUUCGAGUACGAGCUGGAGAGCACGCGGGGAAGAAAGCGCAUCCUGUCG